AUGGCGGACGGAGGCUGGGGCGUUCGACGCCGACUGGCCAUCUGGGAGAGCCGAGCGGACUCGUUCCGCGAUAAAUCAAGCGCGGAUGCUGUACGAACCUCCACAUCAGGUUCGGGAACUCCCGAAGCUCCCAGCGGCGCGCCUGCGCAGUACGGCGCGUCGACAGCCGUUGGAUCAACGGCGACGGCGAACGGAGGGCGGAGAUGGGAACAGUGGGAUCGGACGUACGACAACGUGCAUUUUUCCACUCCGCGGGAUGGCCAGUUCGGUGGUCCCGGCGCGUCGUCUAGCUAUGUGCCUGAAGACCCUCGCUACACGCCUACUGCCAACCCGCCUGGUUACCCCGUGGACUGGAAGCCCAAGGAGGUGUUCUUCAAGUUCCGCCAGCGCUUCAUGCAGUACAAGCUCGGGGCGAAUGUUGAACUCAGGCGCAAGCUGGAUCCCCCCCAGCUUUCUACCGCCUCGCUUUCCCCCAAGGCCCCUGCUGCGCCCAAGCACAACCCGCUGUCGUUGUGGGGCUUUCAGGUGAGCAUCAAAGUGAGGCGCACUCAGGUGGGGUAUGAGCCCGUGCUUGUACGCUUCCUGCAGUACAAGCUUGGGGCGAACGUUGAGCUCAGGCGCAAGCUCGACCCCCCACAGCUGUCGACAUUCUCUCCCUCGCCCAAGUCAACUCCUGCGCCCAAGCACAGUGCACUGUCCGUGUGGGGCUUCCAGGUGAGCAUACGAGGGCAGGGGUCGGGGGAAGGGAAGUGGGUCUGGAUAGCGGAAGGGGAAGGGAGCGCAAGGUGUUUAAAGUCCAACAUCACCGACCACAAGUGGAAGGUCAACUUUGUGUCUGCUCCACCCCCUCCUGCCCUCCACCCACUCCUGCCCUCUACCCACUCCUGCCCUCUACCCACUCCUGCCCUCCACCCACUCCUGCCCUCUACCCACUCCUGCCCUCUACCCACUCCUGCCCUCUACCCACUCCUGCCCUCUACCCACUCCUGCCCUCUACCCACUCCUGCCCUCCACCCACUCCUGCCCUCUACCCACUCCUGCCCUCUACCCACUCCUGCCCUCUACCCACUCCUGCCCUCUACCCACUCCUGCCCUCUACCCACUCCUGCCCUCUACCCACUCCUGCCCUCUACCCACUCCUGCCCUCUACCCACUCCUGCCCUCUACCCACUCCUGCCCUCUACCCACUCCUGCCCUCUACCCACUCCUGCCCUCUACCCACUCCUGCCCUCUACCCACUCCUGCCCUCUACCCACUCCUGCCCUCUACCCACUCCUGCCCUCUACCCACUCCUGCCCUCUACCCACUCCUGCCCUCUACCCACUCCUGCCCUCUACCCACUCCUGCCCUCUACCCACUCCUGCCCUCUACCCACUCCUGCCCUCUACCCACUCCUGCCCUCUACCCACUCCUGCCCUCUACCCACUCCUGCCCUCUACCCACUCCUGCCCUCUACCCACUCCUGCCCUCUACCCACUCCUGCCCUCUACCCACUCCUGCCCUCUACCCACUCCUGCCCUCUACCCACUCCUGCCCUCUACCCACUCCUGCCCUCUACCCACUCCUGCUCCCCACCCCCCCCUGCCUUCUACCCCUUUCCGCUCUCCACCCGCUUUCUCUCAGCAGGUCAACAGCGCCAAUCUGAAGCUGGUGUUAAAGCCCAACAUCACGGAUCGGAAGUGGAAGGUGAUCUUUGAGCCUCAGCGGGGGGACAUCCGCUUCCUCACCCGCAAAAUCCCCAUCAUGGGGCUGCUCAACCUGCAGGUGGGCAUAGGGCACGACUUUAAGCACAAUGCGACGGGGUGGAAGUGGAAACUCACCUCCGCGCUGAAUGGGAACACGCCCUCAGAGAUUCGUUAUAAGCACAACCUGCCCGUGUGCCCGGGUGUGGAUGUGCGCGUGGGGUGGAAUGCGGAAUACGUAUUGCCAGACAUGCAUGGAGCCUUGGGAACAGGGGAGCCCAUUCUGGGGCUGAAUGUGGGGCGGCUGUAUGCGUCUGUGGAGCGACUAGAAGCCAUCUUCACCUCCAUUGACUGA